CUGGGAUCCCUCGUUUGUAGCUUUCUUAUAAGCAUUAUUUAUUUAAUGGAUUUCUUAUAUCUUCAACGGGGUCUGGAAAGUAGACCAUGCCGUGAAAUAUUGUAUAUUCGGUGCACGCAUAUAAUGCGUCUAUAAUUUGUGUCUUUUGUAUGUCAAUCCAUUGGAGAAGCCCCCCAAUCUUACCAUCUACACGCUACACGCUACAGACAAUAGUACUUUUACUUUUACUUUGUACUUCAAGUAUUUUUUAAGGAUACUUUAUACUUUUUACUUAAGUACGUUUUGCUUCCAGUACUUUUUACUCAUCCAGUCGUUUUAUUGUUAAUUACUUCUACUUUUACUCGAGUACAAAUUCAAAGUGAUUUAGGCACCACUGGGUAGGCAGGAGGACUUCUAGUUUGUUUUCUUUGAAAUGGUCAUGUAUAAAUAUUUUAUUUUCAACGCUGACCUUGUCCCCGAACCAAAGCCGCGAACGUACAAGACGAGCUUCGCCAUCUUUGGCUUCAAAAAUCAAGCCCGAGUUAUCGUUCCAGUAUAUUUAGAGUUCAGUGGGCUGAGACCUCGAUGAAACAUGGCCAUGCGCCUGCGAUUGCUGAUGAACUUCAGACUUCGCUAAUGCUUUCCUUUCCUUUCCUUUCCUUUCCUUAAACCUUUCCUUUCCCUGGGUGUAAAUAACUAUAACCGAGCGGAAUUAGUACGUUAAGACAUUGGCUCGGGGACAAGGUCAGCGUUGUAUAUAAAAUAUUUAUACUGUAUAUGGCCAUUUCAAAGACAACAAACUACAAGUCCUCCUGCCUACCAAUUAUAUUGAAUUUGACGCAUUAAACACGAUCUGCAAGAUAUUUUAAUUAAUAUUUUCUGUACACAAUAUACUGGUUAGGAAGAUUUAAACACUCAAGUACAGAGUAAUUGCAGCAUUGCAAAAUUCGAUAAACCCACUUAAUUUAGUUAAUUAAUGAAUUAAGUCAGGACAGGUAUUUUCAUGCAGCUCAACCAUGCAUGAUGCAAUUUUUAUGGUUUCCAAACCCACGCAAUAACACCAGGAAGUUGAUCUUGCGCCCAUUGCGCGCAGGUUAUGUUUAUUAAGCUGUCUGGAUGCUUUAGACAUCAGAUAUCCACUUGUUAGUGAAUAUUGUUCAUCAGGAGAUUGGGAUAUCUUGCUAUAAGCAGUCUUCAACAUGUCUCUAAGGUGAGUAGAGCUCUGUACUAUAGAGUAAAUCUCGACACCUUGUUGAUUUACCGGCAUUUUAAUUGUCAUUUUAAUAAAUUAUUAAUCUGGUCUUAUAAAUGAAACAAUUGACUUCACUUCGAUAAGUUGCGCAUUGACUCACAAGCAUCAUUCAGCGAUUGUGUCAAGAAAUGAUUUAAUUUUUGUGAAAUCCUGCUGGGCCCUAGAGUACAAUUAUUUAUAAUCGUAUUUUGCGUAAAAUUUCCGGCUUGCACUUUGCUAGUACAGUUAUUCUAGUUACUGUAGAACUUGUCAAAAAUCGUUUUAAAUUUAGCGUUUAUUAAAUGUUCCAGAAAUGUACACAACUACAGCGUGUUAGUGUGUCUCGUGCAAAUAUGUGGAAUUCUUUCAUAUUUGGCUACAUGGCUAUAAAUUUUAACAUUCAACUGCAGGAACUGAUGACCUAUAGUUUCAAAAUAGCUGGGGCGAUAUGAUUCAGGAACUGCAUUGUGCGCCAAAUAUUUAGUGUUUGGCUGUUUAUUAUCGAACAUAUAACAAGAAAAAAUUAUCAUGGUAUUCAGAGUAUAAAAUAUAUCGACAUGUCUGAGACAUCCUCAGUACCCAAAGUGUAAUUGUGUGGGAAUGAAAGGUUUCAUGUUACAGAUAAACAACAUGUUUAGGCACGUCCCUAACUCAAUCUACGCAUAAGGUAAACACUUAUGUCAAUAGUUAACCUCCUCCGCGAGGAGGCGGGCAUCACGUAUAGUUCGCGUGGGUUUAUUAAAAUUUUUGGCCCGCAACCGCCAAUCAAAGGCUGGGGAGGAGGCUAGUCAAUAGACCAUUCUUGUAAUGACGUCAAACUCGGAAAAUAAUAUCUCAAAUUUCAUAUUUAUUUAUUUAUUUACUUUGCCAUCAUACUUUACAUUCAUUGGCUGGAAAACCACUACAGCUAUUGCCAAUUACAGCGACCCCAUUAGUUAUACGAAAACAAUUUACAAGGUAUACUAAACACACACAAUAAACAAAACUUGAACAACAGUCAUUGCAUUAUGUCUAAAAGCAGCAUGUCAAUGAAGAGUUCGUUAAACUCCGAGCGGAAUCACAUUUUAUACACGCACUUUUCCAUGUGCGGGCACUGCGAGGAUCCUCAACAUCGUAUGUAUUUUCUAAUGCUAAAAUAUAGUGCUUAAAAAAACACAUUAAAACAUCAUUUGCAUUGCGAACUGUUGCUAAAAGUUGUUCCUUGAGACAUCGCAUUUUCUGCGUUUGACGUCAUUAUGAGAAAGAUUUAUACUUUAUAGUACCGGUUUACUGCCUGUAUACUGUGUUUAUGAAAAUAAUUUUAUGCACAAAAAUUUGGUUUUGUCUUGAGCUGAAGUUUUGCAUCGCAUUCCACAGAUACUAUAAAACUGCACUGAAAUAGUACGCCAUGCUUGCAACAACAUUAAUAUAUGAAAAUAUUUUCAUCUCCCACAACGUGUGAUGAACUGAAAUUUAUAUUUUUGUGUUUUUAUAUAGAAAGAUUUUAAUUCUGUUGCUCUUGACUCAUCAAACACUCUCAAUCUUCCGAAGAAAAUGCAUGGUUUUUGAUGACAAAACAGACCAUCCUGAAAGACCUCGUAUGCCGUCACAAGUUACUGAGCAUGAUUUUUACCGCAGAGACCUGGUGCCCACUCCCACAAUACCUUGUGUGGAAAAGUAUGACGUCCCAGUAGCAUGGCAUGUCAUAGUCAGUGAAAAUGGCGAUGGUAGUAUCUCAGAUGCCACAGUACGGGAAGCAAUGAAAGUUCUUAACGGUUUGUUAGGAAAUAAUUUAUAAACCCUGGUUUCCAUAAUAACGGUCGUAAAUAUUGAGUCAUUUUUUCUGCUAUAUAAUUCAAAAUGUAGAUAUUUUAUUUUGGGUACAAAUAGAUCUUUGUUGUUGAGUCACGAUCUUUCUCAACAGCCAAAAUACAACAGUUUAGAACAGAAAAUAGGCAGAGUGAUUAUAAAUAGUUAUGAUUUAUAUAUGAUUGUGGUUUACAAGUAAAAAAUCUAUUAUAUUCUGGCCGUUGAAAAAGAUCGUGAUGAAUGCAAAUUGUCUGUGCCAGCAUAGAUAGUGGCAAGGCAUGGAUUGAGAUGGAUUCAAUUAUACCUGAAAAAUACAAGAAAAACGUCGAUGUUUCGAGCGAAGGCCCUUCGUCUGGAAGUUAAUAAGGAAGUUGGUAUUCCCUUCCAAUCCAGAAUGCUGUCUGUAUUGGGAGUGAACUUCGUUAAGUCAUUGCAAAGCGUCUUAACUGAUAUUGGUGGCGCAGAGCCACAGACAUGCAUAUAUAUCGUUUUCUGUAGAAGAGUGUUUUUAGUUUGAUUCUACCAAAUAUACGACAAACUCUCUUUGGCUACUUCGAUGUUUUACUGUAUUAGCCAUAGCUAGACAUAGAACAACUGGAAAAAUUAUAAUUAUAUGAAAAAGUCAUUGUGAAUGAAAGUCAUACGUUUUAUUAUUUCAAUUUAUAGAUGGAUUCAAGGACAGUCGUUUGCAUUUUCGCCUGGUAAAAAAUCUCUUUCAAUUGAUUAUUUUCCUCUACUUUAUCUAAUAUCUGUCUUUUAAUGUCUUGCUUUGACUAUCCAUCGAGGAACGAGAGACUGUUAAAAUAGUCAAGUCUACGACACUACGUAUAUAUCUUGUGUCUCUCAUGCAGAGACACAACUAGAUAUACGUGGACUUGACUAUAUUUUAUCAUUGCCAUUAGAGGAUUACAAUAUAUCAGUCAUCCAUUUUUCGGUUUUGACUUGAUUUUAAUCAAGGGUUCCUAAUUUUUGGCCAGGUUAAAAUAUUUCCCCAUGCA